GAUUUGAGCAAUCUACUCCUACACUGUAAUCAAGAAACGUUGACUAGUCGCUGCUUAAUCCAUCACGCUCCACAAGAAACCUCAGAUUUCAAAACCAAUCAAAAGACCUAAAGUUUUGAUUUUUAUUCCCAUUCAUAUACCUAAAAUGUUCAAUGAUGUUCCUAAGUCUGAAUCCAGUUCGAUCAAUUACAUCGCCGAGUUCUAAAAGUUUUGAAAUUUGAUUUCUUCUGCUCAUUUGAUCGUAUAUAAAUCGACCCGUGAAGCCGGACAAAACUCAAGAAGGUAUCCUCUAAGAGAGUCGCAGAGGCGAAAGAAAAUUGAACAACAUUCAUAAUGGUUCAGAAGCUUGAACUGAUCAAAGGUGGAGGAGGAUCGAUAAAAAUAGGAGCAACGGGAACAGUUGCAACUUUAAUGACUCGAGAGCUAGACUCCAUGAAACAACCUUCACCUCAGACUCCCACAACAAGACCCAUUAGAACAACUAUCCCUGUCUCAGUAGACUGUGGCACAUCUUCUUCAACUCCAAGGAGAACAAAACCAAGAAAAUCAUCAGAUGAAGCUAGCAGCAGCAGCAACAACAACAACAAUGUUCGAACACCAAAAGGUCACAAUGCCAGAAGCACUCGUCAGCUUUCAAUGCUUGGCUCUGAUAAUGUUAGAACACCAAAGGGUCACAAUACCAAAAGCAGUCAUCAGCUUCCAAUGCUUGGCUCUGAUAAUGUAUCGUUGCAAGGAACCCCUAGAAGGGAGAAGAGAAUGAAUAUUGUGGACAUUGUAGAUGUGAAAUGCGGGAAUCCGGAUCGAGCUUGGGCUAACCCGAUAACCAGUAGACUCAAGAAGCUUGGAUUCUCUAAACUCAAUGAGAGCAUUGGUUAAGAAGAGCUCUGCAAAUUUAGCCCUAAUACUCUGCCACAUCUGGUUUGUAUAUCCGGUAUGAAUCGGUUUACACCAAAUCACAAUGUAAGCUUUCUUUGUCAAACCAACAAUGUAAUUGUAAACGAACCUUUGGUUAUUUACAUUCAAUUUUGUUUUUGCAUUGAA